AUGGCAGGUGUGUGGGUUUUGCAGGUGAGGGUGUGGCAGAUCACCGAUGCUAAGCAGACGCUCAAGGAGACGAUGAAGGAACACAAAGGCUCCGUCUCCUGCAUCAAGGUUCGCAGCAAUGACAAGGAGUGUGUGAGCGCCAGCACCGACGGAACAUGCAUCAUCUGGGACCUCCAGCGUUUCGUGAGGAAUCAGAUCAUCUUUGCUAACACGUUGUUCCGAUGCGUCUGCUACCAUCCGAGCGAAUGUCAGAUCAUCACCAGCGGAACCGACCGCAAGAUAGGGUACUGGGAGUCGUACGAUGGAUCACAGAUCCGCGAGCUGGACGGAUCCAUCUCCGGAUCGAUCAACGCUCUCGACAUCUCCGCAGACGGCGAACACUUCGUGACCGGCGGUGACGACAAACUCAUCAAGGUGUGGACGUACAACGAGGAGGACUGAGGGUGACAGCACGUGGCGACUGGGCGUCACAGCGGUAACAUCACGCGGCUCGCGCAUCUGCC